GCCAGGGUGGUGGAGCAGCCGCUGUUUCUGCAGAAGCACAGGUUGGAUGUUUUCCUGCCCUGGGCACUGAAGUAUGGCUGGUCUGGGCACGAGGCUCUGGCUGCUCCCAGUGACCCUCUGGCUGCUGCCUCUGCUCACAGGUGGGACCCCAGCAGACAAGAACAGCACUGGGAACAGCACAGAUGGCAUGUGUCCCCCGGUGCACCAGAACGUGCGGUACGUGGCCGUCAAGAAGAACAUGCCCAUCUACCUCGUCUGCUACUCCCAGGAGCCCCAGCUCAUGCAGUGGUACAAGACAGCAGAGGACAGGGACGACUUCUCUGUGCUGGAUCAGAGCACAACUAGCUACCACAUCAAGAGGACGAACACUUCCAUCAACCUCACCCUCCUCAGGACCAGCUCCGAGGACAGUGGGAUCUAUGUGUGUGACUGGAAGGGCCUGACGCAGAAGGAGAAGCUGCACUCGUGUGGGACAGAGCUCCGGGUCAUGGGCACCAGCAGCAUUAAGCAGUUCCAGAACAGGAACACACUGAAAGACGCCAUCAUCAUCAUCCAGUCCAUCCUGCUCGUCGUCUUCAUCAGCAUCCCCAUCCUCCUCUUCCUAGACAAGGGUGAAGACAAGAAGACCCCAGAGGAGGACCACACCUAUGAGGGGCUGGAGGUGGAGCAGAUGGCCACCUACGAGGACAUCACUCCUUUCCGGGACGUGAAGGCCAAGUGGACGGUGGGGGAGCACCCAGGUGAAGAGUGAGGAGUCCUGUGCCCCCUGCCAGGCCCUGCCACCACCCUGCCAGCCCCCGUGGGGACAGAUCCCCUGGAGCACGGCUCUGCCCGGAUCCCAGCUGCCAACUCCUGCACAGCCCAGCUCAGGGCUGGGAGCCUGCUGCCCUGGGGUGCUCACGUGUCCGGGCUAUGUCCCCGAGGCUGCCCCGCCCCACUGUCACUGUCCCCACCCUGCUGACCGACCCCUAAAGCCUCUGUAGAAAUUAGGAGCCACCUGUGAUCCCCCCGCAGCGAACUGGUCGCAC